AUGUUCGCACCUCUGGCGAUUGCAGGCACCGUCUUCUUGGCGUUGUACGCUAUCCUGUUCGUCUCCAUCUUGCAGCUGGUCAUCAGCCGACCGGUCAAAGAGGGUAUCGGAUCUCGUUGGUUCAUUCUCUUCUUUCACGUCCUCGUUCGAUUGGCUUCUCAAGCCGUAGCCAUAGCCUUUGGAGUUCUGGUGUGGAAGGAAUGGCAAUUGCUAGUCGUCUAUCUCGUGCUUGCAGUCGAAGGCUACUUCUCCCUAGUGCUCUUUAUGGCUCGUCAACUCGUCUGGUUCGAACAUCACGCAUUCGGCACCUCCUGGCUCGCGCCUUCGGAAGGAGAAAUCUCCAAAGCACGCAAAGCUCGCGGAGGAGAGAAACGCGCAUUGUGGAAACGCUUGUUGGGCGGAGAAGGAGGCGUCAUGCCGUGGAUCCAUUGGCUCUUGAUCGGGGCAAACGCAAUGAUCAUCACCGGCGGAUCGCUCUUGACCAGCGGCAAGUCCGACCUGUCCUCCUCUUCGGGCAUCGCAGGCGCCGAAGCAAAUUGGAGCAGCAAUUCCAACCUGCAAACAUGCAAGGUUCUUCGUGCAGUGGGACAGAGCAUCUUUUUGCUCAUCAACAUUGCACUUGCAGCUAGUUUGGCAUCCUGCGCAAUCAGGUACAAGAACAGCAGCAUGGCCAAAUGGCACCUCACCCUCGUGCCUCUCGUCGUCGCUUGGCCCUUCUUGGCAGCGAGGGGCGCCUUUGGCAUCGCUCAAGCAGUCGAUGACAGCCUCAUCUACUACAAUCCGGCAAUCUACGACCAGAACGGUCUCUCUUCCCACUUUGUCCUCGUCGAAUACCUCGCAGCUACAAUGACAGAGUGGAUCGCUUGCGCCUUGUUGCUCUCUACAAGACACUUUGACGCUCCCGAACCCAUCGAGCAAAAGUUCGACGUGGAAUCCCCUUUGCACGUCAAGACCGAACCCCACUCGCUCAGCCCUUGA